CUGCAUUCAGAACAGUACUGAGGCGCUCACUGCAGGCAGUGCUCGCAAUUUGCAUGAGAGGUGCUCAGAAACUUAAUGACUUUCGAAUUUAUGUAAUUGACAAUAAUUGAUAGGAGCGAAACUUGUUGUACAUGAAGAUAACUUCUUGGAGAAAUGCCUAGUGCCACCUUUAUUUUAUAGCAAAGAGAAGCUGAACAGUGGAGGAACUGACUGGAGUGGAAGAGAGAAUUAAGAACUCCUCUGCCAGGUUUGUUCAGCAUCGAUCGAUGGGAAGGCAUUCCAAAGUAAACAAUCAUCAAAAAAACUCUACACCAAACAAUCGCAAUUGACGGACUUUCACAUUGUUAGAACAGGAAAUCCCCCAUAGUUGUUAAGUUACAACUUGCCAUCUUUGUAGAGUCGUAUCUCGAGGUUGAAUGGUGGUAACGAACUGAUCUAUUUCUACCAUACGAAGCAGGAAAACUUUCUCUUCACAUCGUAACAUGGCCAUGCUUCGCCUUCUGCUGUUGUCCGUGUUGGUGUUGAUGUUUGCCGGUUUCUCUCGGAUCGUUACCGGGCAGAGAAACACAAGAGCCCCGUUGGAACUCGUCAAUAAAGGCUACGUCAAUCUACUGAUUGGAAUCAACGAGAGAGUGCCCGAAGACCCAGCUCUCCUAGAUCGGAUUAAAUUUGUGUUUACCGAAACCUCCUUGUUCCUGUACCAGGCAACCAACCAAAAGGCGUACUUUAAAGACAUCCACAUUCUGGUUCCGGCGACCUGGUCCAAUUCUGAUGCGUAUUCCAACGUGGAUUGGCAGCGCUACGACCAGAGUGACGUCAUGAUCGAUCUGCCGAGUGAUGGCGGAAGUAACCGACCAUACACAAAUAAACCCACACAGUGCGGGGAGCCCGGAUUCUCCAUUAAUCUCACGCCAGAUUAUAUCUUGUCGCAGAGUAUAGCGGGAAGAUACGGCGAUUAUGACAAGGCACUAGUUCACGAAUGGGCACAUUAUAGAUGGGGCGUGUUCGACGAGUUCCCGCUUGAAAAUGGAAAUCAUUUUUACGUCAACGAAGAUGGCUCGAUUGAGGCUGUGAGAUGCGUCCGGAGCAUUACUGGUAAAAUGAUAAACCCCAAAAAUGGUUUUCUUGCGUGUAAAAUCAUGGCAAAUGGCAUGCCGGAACCUGACUGCCGUUUCCUGGACAACACAAACGAUGUGACGUCAUCAGGCUACACGGGAUCACUCAUGUACAAACAGUUUCUUCCUCAGAUAAGCACGUUCUGUGAGAAAUCUGGAAUCGGUAGCUUCGAAGGGAAUAAGCACAACAGAGAUGCGCCGAAUCUGCAGAACAACCAAUGCCAGGGAAAGAGUAUUUGGGAGGUUAUGCUGGAGCACGAAGAUUUCCGAAUAAGUGGCAAAGGGGAUAACUCUGUAAAUGGCGGAGGUGAAACUAGCGGUACCGAAGCUGGCGGAUAUAACCCGCCAAAGUUUACCACCGUGAAGAGGACGAGUAGCCGUAUCGUUCUCGUCUUGGAUCGGUCUGGAAGUAUGAAGAACCAAAGACUGAUACAACUUAGACAGGCGGCAGAAAUUCUCAUCACCCAAAUCCUGAGAGACGGUGAACAGCUAGGAAUUGUCGCGUUUAACAAUCGUGCACGUGUCAACUCGGAGCUACUGGUAAUCACUGAAGAUAACCGCCAGACGUUACUGAGUCUACUGCCCACUUUUGCUGAUGGUGCUACAAGUAUUGGAGCUGGAGUACAAGCCGGUCUAGAGGUUCUUGGUCGUAACGGUCCUGCAGCGGGGGGUAAGCUGCUAGUCAUCACCGACGGUGAAGAGAACAGAGAACCAUUGAUUGAAGAUAGUCUUCAUUUGGUGAAUGAGUCUGGUGUAACUAUAGACACUAUAGCUAUCGGACAAGACGCAUCGCCCCAACUUGAGCGUCUGUCAAACUCAACCGGUGGACAAGCUUAUAAUCACGACGAACGUUCCAACUCACUAGCUGAUGCUUUCAGUAAAUCAGCCACCACAGAAAAAUCUAUCACGUCAGUUCCAGUAUCCCUAUACAUGGAUUUCGUCCAAGUCCAAGCAGGCACUAAAUUCACCGAUGCUGUGUAUAUCGAUUCGACCCUUGGUAAAAACACUCAAUUCAUAUUCGGACAUGUAAGCAGAGAGAGCAUUUCAGUCGUAGUCACUGAUCCGGACGGUGUGAUGAUAUCAGACGGAAGCCCAGGGUACAACAGCAACAUAGACUUCCUGCAAAUUCGUGUUACAAUUCCUGGGGAUGCAAAGAUCGGGCUGUGGACGUUUCAAAUUGAGAAUAAACUACAAAAUGAAGAGAACGUGACAAUUCUUGUCCAGAGCCACGCAAGGGAAGGUGGAGAUCCGAUCGUUGUCAAUGCCCGGUGGGGUCUCGAAAGUGUUGUUCCACCACAAAGACAAUCCCUCUAUGUUUCAGUGGGAAAAGGAAACAUACCAGUUAUUCGCAGUGACGUCAGAGCUGUGAUUGACCGCCCGUGUAGUAACACCACCACUGUGACACUGAUACCAAAGGAUGAUGGGAUAGGUGCUGACGUCAGAAAGGAUGAUGGCGUCUACUCGACUUAUUUCACUGAUUUCUGCGGAGAGGGGAGAUACGGCGCUAAUAUUGAUGUGUCCAACAAUGGUGACGUGACAUCUAUAGUAUUCGGGAGUGUUAUCGGUUCUGGUGCAGCCUCUGACCCUGCUUUUGAUGACGUAGACGGCGAAUCAAUCCCGGAGCUACUUCAGGGCACCGGGAACUUCCAGCGAGUCACUGUUGGUGGAAGCUUUAAAUGUGAAUCGGCUGAUCUUUGCAAUGGAACUUUAGACAGAUAUCCCCCUUCCAGAAUAACCGAUUUAAGGGCCGAUAAUGUGGACAUCGAAAACAUGGAGAUCACACUGACCUUCACGGCACCAGGGGACGAUCUGACCAAUGGCCAAGUUUCGAGUUACAUCAUCAAAAGGACUUUAAACAGUUCAGAUCUUUUUGAUAACUUUGAAGCUGCGGAAGAGAUACCAUCUUCAAGUUACGUCACAGGUGACGUCAGCGUUACAUCAAAGGCAGGGGAAAGUGAGGUUUUUGUUUUGAGUGUCUCUAAAACUGGGAGCUUCAGUUACUAUUUCUCUGUUGUGGCUGUUGAUGACGAAGGCAAUCAGAGUGAGCCCUCUAACGUCGCAUCUUCAUCCGCUCGUAACUUCAGGAAAUUUCCACUCGCUCUCGUCGUUGGUAUAUCGGUAGGUGGCAUCCUACUCCUAAUAAUCUUGAUCGCUUUAGCUGCGGCUCUCUGCAGGAAAAAACAGCCGAAAGAAGCUGAGGGUGAUGUAUCAGGCAAGAUAGGCUCGACUGAGAAGAAUUUGAACCAUUACAGCACUGCACACGAAGAAGAGAAUCAAAAUGGGUCUUGGGCUGGAAAUACGGCUCAGGCCACAAAACCAACAGGGGUUGUAAAACCGGCUAUGGUCCCAACUAAAGGGGUUAAGGUGGCAAAACCGAAAGGGGCCACCAAAAGUGCUGGGGUUGCAUAUUUAGCUGGGCCAGAUAAUGGGGCAGGAGCCUUCGGAACUGCCCCUACUGAUGAUCCAGUGUAUGAUAACAUCAUAAGCCGGCGCGAUAAAGACCCAAAUUGGGAUCCGAAUCUGGCCAAUAAUCGAGAGGGGGGUGGGGCUCAUAUUAAGUCGGGUCACGUGCUCAAUGCUGUGUCAAUGUUCGAUAACAAGGGAUUUAGGCCGGACAGUCAGUAAACAUAAAAUGUACAACAUGUAGGUUUGCCUUUGGAAGACCUGCAUGUAUGGUGCCUUUAUCUGAAAAUGUUCCCCUCAAUAGUCGAGAGAUUUAAAAUUAUUUCAUUUAUUUCAUACUGAUGAAGGGUAAUGUACAGAUAUGUCGAUGAUUACAGGUCAUUAGUGAACAACAAACUUGAUUAUUGAAACUUAGUAACAGAGCAGAUGAAAACGGAGACAGCAUGGUAGGAACAAGUGAACUAAUGCUCUGAUAGUUUAGACAGUGUAGGCCUUCUACUCUCACCGUGUAUGUUUAUUGUAACUCUGUGAGACGAGUUUGUUUCUUACCAAUUAUGUUGCUUUUAAAGGUAGUGGACACUAUUGGUAAUUGUCAAAGACUAGCCUUCACAG